AUGCUUUCAGAAAAACGUAUAAAAGUAAGGUAUUCAACAGACCCAAAUGGGAAUCUUUGGGCUGACGAUCCCAACAAUUUUGGCAGAAAAAUGCUAGAAAAAUAUGGUUGGUCUCCUGGAAAGGGUUUAGGAAAAAACAACAACGGUAUUAAAGCCCCUAUAAAGGCUUCCAUACAGAAAGGCACACGGGGGUUGGGUAUGAAGUCGGACUUUUGUUUGGGUAUCCGGCAGAUUAAUGAAUACGCAAGUCUUCUGCGUAAGCUUAACAACGCCCACAGUAGUUCUGACAAAACAAAUGCAAUCAGUGAAUGUUUACCAACGAGUUGGAGGAAAGGUAUGAAGACUUUAAGGUCAAAGGAUGCAUCUAAGUAUGAUCAGCAAGAUCUAUCCAUUGUUCUUGGACAUACUCAGUCAUUUUUGGAAGAAAAAAUAGCCUCGCCAAAUGCUCCUGCAAAGGAAUCUGGUUUUCAAAUUCCUAGUGUGAUAAGUCCAAUGUCUGUCUCCGAAUAUUUUGCCAAAGCAAAGAAACACAGACUCCAAAGCGAGCCACAAACUUGUGAUUUGGUUGAUGUCAAGUCAGCCAAGUCAAUUGAAAUUAUCGUCCCGGUUGAUCAACACGUUACAUCAAACUCUGUUUCAGUAAAGAUCAAUGAUAGCGAAGGGUUCGAAUGUAGGAAAAUUGAAGAGAUAUCAAACCAUGAAGACGUCGAACUGAUCAUACCACCAAUAGAUCCUGAUAAAAAAAUAAGGCGUGUGGAAACUGUAAAUGCAGGAGAAAGUGAUUCAUUUCUGGCUCACAGAGCAAAUCCUCAGGAGAUUACUGUUGGACCUCCAUACAUCCCACCACCAUUAAAUUUAGUUUUAUACUCUAUUAAGUGUCGAAUAUGGAGCAUAACCACCUAG